AUGCUAAUAAUGCUCCCAGAAAUUGUCAUAGUCGAUCUUGACGACACCGCCGAUGAAGAGGACGAAGAGCCCGUGAAACGUCUUCGCCCAUCACGCAAGCCUGUCGCCUCGCUCACCGUCAAUCAAGAUGAUGGGAGUCAAGGUGAGAGGCCUCCAUCAAAGAAGCGCGCUAUCCAGCGUGUAGAGCCCGACAAUGAAGCAUUCAUUACCGCUCAGAAGGGCGGUCUGGAUCCUGACCUCGGCGACGACCCUUUGGAAAUGGUGAUUAUCGCUCCAGAGCCAGAACAGUAUCGUGCUGUGGAUUAUGAACACGAUUGGCUUCCAGCCGACUUCGCAGAAUUAGUGCUAUAUUCACGGACUACUUGGCAGUGGACGUUCCGCGUGACUGGCGCUGUUGACAAGAUGCUAAAGAAGUACAUGACACCCGAGAGGUACGCUACUGGGUUCUGUAGACGACUGAGAGCAAAUUCUCCCCAACUCUACCAGAUGCUCGACUUCUGCGUUGCUACAGGCCAACCAUGGAAGCUCUCAGACGUAGUCGCCAGACUACCAGAUGCUCUCGACAAGCAGACAUGUGGACAAGUGAUCGGGAACUACCUCAUCAGCCUCGAAAACACAAGCAAGAAUCACUCGACUGCCGGCUACUUUGGCGGCACGUGGGGCCUGCAGAGUAGCAUCUACGCACGUGCUAGCAAGCACUCUCAGCCAGCGUAUCGACAGUCAGAUCCUGACAAAGAGCUUUACAAGGCGUGGGACAGUGUCGUCUCAACCGAUAUCAAGGCACGCCUGAGAAUGAUUUGCGUGCAUACUCGGGCAGAUAUCGCUCGCUACGGCACCAUCGGAGUGCUCCUUAACGAGACUCUAGGCAUUGGCCUGUUCUGUAGUGGCUAGCACAGGCGUGCAACCCACUCUAUCCAGUGCAUACCGCCGGCC